AUAAAAGAAGGGAGUGGGGACAGAAAAGUUUCACAGAUUUGCAGAGGAACACAUUUACCUGUGGACAAGUCAACCGACUGACAUCGACGAAAUGAACGCAGCAGCUGAAGGUGGCAAGGCCGCUCCUCCCAAGUUCAAACAGAAGGAGACCAGGCAGUUCAAGAGCAAGGCUCCCAAAGCUGGACAGAAGGGAUUUGACAAUGAUGUUCCAGGCAUGGAGGGUCUUGGAGACUCUGCUGUCAUCUGCCCGUGGGAAGCCUUUGGUGACAUGGAGCUGAGUGACCUGGCCCAGUUUGGCAUCGUCUAAACCCCAUGCAAAAUGCAAAUAGUUUAUUCCUGGUGGCUGCAAUCCAGCAGCUUAUUUUGUUGCUUUCCCUCCUUGGGAAUCGAGCCCGAAUGGGUAUGAUUUCUGAGUGAGGGGAGUACCUGUUUGUCCUCUUACUGUGUGGAGGAUGAAGCUCUUGGACAGCAGCCCCCAGAAUGACUUCUGUUUUGACCUCAACACAUCAUCAUCUGGAAAGUUUUGCAUAUUUCGGAGCUCUUUAUCCAUAUAAAUGAAACACAUUUGCAAUCUAUCUAUUAUCAAUUCCAUGUAUUUGUUUUACACUCUACACUCAGUUUUUGUUGUGUAGCUCAUUGUUAACAUGAAAGGUUUGCUGAAUGUUUGCAUGAUGUCAAAUAUUUCCUGACAAAAUGAGAGAAGCUCGUAAAUGUUUUUAGAACAUGAUUAUAAAAUAGUGAUUAAAAAUGUGGAUAGAGGCUGAUAUUUACAUUUAAAUUA